AUGCCUAAUGUCGAGGUAGAACUUCAUAAAGCGCCGAUCAAGAGGCCACAGCGCGUGCUUGAUGUCAGAACUGGAACUGGGAUUUGGGCGAUUGAUAUGGCGGAUACGUAUCUCAUGGCGGAAGUAAUAGGCACGGACCUCAGUCCCAUCCAACCUGGCUGGGUUCCACCCAACUGCCGCUUCCAAGUCGACGACGCGGAGGAGGACCGCAACCUUAACCAGGCGAUCAGCGACUGGCCGAAGCUUUUGUUGGAGUUCUGCCGGUGUGCCGCACCUGGGGGAUUUGUGGAGCUGACCGAGCUCGGCGGUGCAGCGUACUCCGACGACGGCAGCAUGUCAACCGAUAACCCGUGCGCGAUGCGGCUGGAGAUCGCCGGCUUCGUCGACAUCGCCACGUUCGCGUUCAAGCAGCCGCUGAGCCUCUGGCCGAAGUGUAAGAAGCUGAAGCAGGUGGGAGCCAUGGCGCUGGUCAACUCCGAGACUGCGUUUCAUGCGUACUGCCUCGCCGCGUUCACCUGUGUCUUGGACUUGGAUAGGAACGAGGCCGAUCGCAUCUGCUGUAAAGGAUACACGGUGGUUAAAAAUAAGAACGUCCAUGCCUAUAUACUGCUGUAA